AUGGAAGUUUUUUCAAGGUAUCUGGAUAAAGCUGAAAAUCUAAGCUUGUUCAAUGGUUUUUCAGUUGUAGAGGAUAGUCUGGUGGUGAAUCAUUUACACUAUGCUGAUGAUACCAUGUUGUUUGUGGAUCAUAAUAAAGAGGAACUUACAAAUUUGUUUUCAAUUCUUCACUGUUUUGAAUUUAUUUCAUGCCUCAAGGUUAACACUGCUAAAAUAAGACUUGUUGCUAUUGGAGAGGUACCUGAACUAAAUGAUUGGACGGAUGAUUUUGGAUGCAAGACAGAUACAUUGCCUUUCAUAUAUCCGGGAAUGCCUCUAAGGGAUAAACCUAAUACCAAAUCUAUAUGGAACCCAAUACUUGAAAGGUUUGAUGCAAGACUAUCUUUCUGGAAUCAAAUCCCUCUCUCAAAAGGUGGUAAAAUGGCUCUUCUCAAGCAUAUCCUUAGUUCACUUCCUAUGUAUUAUUUUUCUCUCUUCAAAGCUCCUAUUUCCAUUAUAAAUAUUUUGGAAAAGAAGAUGAGGAACUUUCUUUGGGAUCACUAUAAUUCAGGAAGCAAAUGUUCGCAUUAG